AUGAAGAAUGGGGGCGAAUGGGGGAAGCCGCGGCCGCGCGGCAGCACCAAGAUCGAUGAACUAUCCGUCAUUUCGGACUGGGCGUCGCUUCUACCGGAGCUCGUCCAAGGCAUCGCCGACUGCGUCCUCUCCACCACCGGCGGUGUCGACGCGUACAUGGAUAUGAGGGCCGUUUGCCCCAGCUGGCGCUCUGCCAUCGCCAAGCCAUCUCCACUCGCCACGGACCUCCGUUUCCGCCCACGCCACUGGGUCAUGGUCGACAUGAAACCCGACAACGACGACGACGACGCCCGCCUCUUCCUCCACGUCCCCACCGGGCGGUUCCGCCGCCUGCGCCUCCCGGUGCUCCGCGACCACAUCCUCGUCGGUGCUACCGACGGUCUCCUCGUGCUCGGAGAAAGGGAGUCCCCGCACCUGGCUCGUGUCCUCAACCCCUUUACAGGUGACAUGCUCCUCUUCACCGCGCCGCUACCUGAAGAUUUUAAGCAUAUAGAGUAUACCGCGCUGCAGGGAGGCUCUCAUUGCGCGCUGGUCUUCCUGAGAUCGGCCACGGUGUUCUGUGCUGUUCCAGCCAGCCAAGUCUUUACAGACACGGACUUUACACAGGAGGCCUCUGGUCCUGGUCAUUACUUGGAUAGCAUUGUUAACUUCCAUGGCAACAUAUAUUGUUCCGAUAUGCACGGAUGGUUAUUCGAGCUUAUCACACCAGAGGAGCUCGAGCUCAUAGACCAGGUGCCGCCUGAAAUGGACGUAUGUAGAGAGGAAGAAUUUGGCGAAUUGCGUUCUUAUCUCGUGGAGUCUGACGGGGAACUGCUGCUUGUUCGCUACACAGAACUAUCUUUCAAAGUUUUCAGAGUCAACAUCCAGUACAUGUUGUUGGAGGAGGUCAAGAGCCUUGGCAGCCGCGCGCUCUUCCUCGGUGAAGAUAGGUGUGUGUCUGUGGAUGCGGAUAAGCUUCCGUCUGUUGACAGAGACUGCAUAUACAUGUUAGAUUAUGAAGGCAUGAGCAACAUGUGUGUGUAUAACCUAAGAGGCGACACGGUGGAUAUUAUCUCCGAAAAGCACUAUUGAUCGACCUUUCAGCCUUGUUACGGUUCUCUUGCAGUAUUGCGAUUUCCGUCCCUUGUCCUAAAUGUCUGUGAAAAUAGAACUGUUCUGGCCUUGGUGCUAUUGCCACUUCAGUACUCUGGGGUUACAACCGAUAUAUGCGACGAAGGGGAGAUCAAGCAGUCGAACAAUAUAUGUAUUUCAGUUAUCUCUUUCAUCAGUCGUGUUCCUGCGUCCGCUUGA